AAUUCGGGUGCAUCAUAAACACUCGCAAUGACAAUAUGACUAAACACAUUUGGCGGGUUGUCACUUCAGUUAUUGUUGUCGUCUGUUUACAAUCCAAUCCAAGCAGGAACCGUUAUUAAUCUUCCAUGGGGGUCUCUGUUCUAAUGUUUCGUCAGCACUAUACGUGGAAAUACACAUUUCAGUUAGUGUUUCACAUCAGUAUGAUAAUAUUGAAGACCUUUGUUUUUGAUGAAAUACAAGGGAGCAUCUAACUUAAAGCAAUGGCGACUGUGUACUGUUGGGGGAAGGCCAAUGCUGGUCAACUUGGUCUUGGCCCAAUUGACCACGCCUCUGUGGACUCCCCAAAGCAGCUGCAUAGCCUCCAAGCAAAGGACAUCUGUGACGUCUGCUGUGGAGGAAAUCACACCAUUGUUGGCUUCACUGAUGGGACAGCUCACUCCUGUGGGGAUAAUGACUACGGACAACUCGGCCAUGAAAAGUCCAGAAUGAAACUAGAGCAAAUCGAUACCUUACGGUCACAGCAUGUGAUACGAGUGAAGGCAGGAUCAUCACACAGCAUGGUGCUCACAUCUGCCCAUGAGGUGUUCACUAUGGGAGAUAACUCUCAGGGACAGCUUGGACGAGGGAAAAUCGCAGAUGAGCUGACCCGUAUGCCGAAGCUGGUCAAGUCCCUGGCAGUCCACAGUGUGGUGCAGAUCUCCUGCGGAAACAACCAUUGUCUGGUUCUCACAGCAGAGGGUCUUGUAGGGGCAUGGGGUGCCAACAACUACGGCCAGCUAGGUCUGGGUAACAACACCGUCCAUCGAGACACACCAGAAUUCCUAACCUGUCUUAAGGGAAUCCCCAUCGCCCAGAUUGUUGCCGGGGGAAACCACAGCUUCGUCCUCUCUAAAUCUGGCACCAUGUUUGGCUGGGGAAGGAACAGCUUUGGGCAGCUUGGGUUAAAUGAUGAAAGAGAUCGACCAUUCCCAACCUUGUGCAAAUCACUCCGAUAUCAGAAAAUCAAAUUUGUAUCUUGUGGUGAGGACCACACUGCUGCACUUACUCAGGACGGUGGUGUGUUUACAUUUGGUGCUGGCAGCUACGGGCAGCUUGGUCACAUGUCUACCAACAAUGAGAUCCUUCCCAAGAAGGUGAUGGAGCUCAUGGGCACAGAGAUCUCACAGAUCGUCUGUGGCAGGCGGCAUACCCUAGCAAUAGCUGUGUUAUCAGGCAGACUGUAUAGUUUUGGACUCGGUGGCAAUGGCCAGCUUGGACUCGGAAGCCAUGAUAACAGAACUAGUCCAUGUGUAGUGAGAGGCCUAGUAGAAGCACCUCAGGGAACUAGUUAUUCUGUGCAAAAUAAUCAAGCAUCUGUGAUAAUACAUAUUCUAAGGAUUUUUGCUGGGAGUGAUCAUUGUUUUGUGAUAGUAACUUCAGAGGAAGGAUGUCGCCCAGCGGACUACAGAAACAUAGACCCGGACACACAGAUCCUCACCCUCAGUCCACAGAGAACUCAAGAAAUUGCUCAACUCAAAUCAGAUGAAAUGCCAUCCAUAGACUUGUCAGAAGAUGUCACAAAAAUCUUCUCUCAUGCGUCUUGUCUAAAUGGGUCAUUCUUAGUUGAUCAAGAUCGCCACUUCGGCAGCAGUAGUCGUAACCCUGGAGUGGACAUGCCAAAUGUCCGGCACCACCUCCACCAACUUGGACAGACAUCCAAUGUUAUAAUCAUUCAGAGGAUAACCAACAGCAUAGAACAAGAUCUGUUACCUAGUCUGCCUGCCUCGCCCCCUGAUGUGGAAGCCCUGAGGGUGUUCCUCAUCCUCCCAGAAUGCCAUCUCUUUGACCAGCCCAAGUAUUACAGCUCACUCAUCUGCCCAUUUGGAAAAAACAUCCUCAACCUUGACAGAGUUGCGUCCAAAGUUUUAGAUUUAUGGUGGUCCGCCUUACAAGAGACGUAUUUCCAUAGAAUUGUCAGUGUGUAUAAGCAGUGUGUCCAGUAUAUCCUGCAGCUGCCAGACACCACGAAUCCUCAUGAGAGUGAAAAGCGAGGCAAGGGCCUCUAUGUGUCACUGGAGAUCUUGAAGAAACUGAAUGUGGUCAAUGAACAGAAUGGGCAGAUCAUCCCCUAUCACAAGUUCUAUGUCGGAGAACUCAAGGACAAGAUUAACAUCAAAGCUGACUAUGUCAGUUGGGUUCAGCAGAACUCCAGACUCAGGCAACAGGGCCUCCACUUCUGUAACUAUCCAUUCCUGUUCGAUGCGGCGGCCAAGAGCAUGCUCCUGCAGACCGAUGCCAUGAUGCAGAUGCAGACUGCAAUAGAUGAAGUUGCACAGAGGAACUUCUCAAGUCUCUUCCUGCCUAUCGACCCAGUGAACCCGUGUCUCGUGUUAUUUGUUACCCGUGAAAAUUUGGUUCAGGACACUCUACAACAGCUCAUAAAGUAUACCAGUGCAGAUCUGAAGAAACCUCUCAAAGUGGUGUUCCUCGGCGAGGAAGCAGUGGAUGAGGGCGGGGUCCGUAAGGAAUUCUUCCUGCUGCUACUGAGAGAGGUUCUUGACCCCAAGUACGGGAUGUUCCGCUACCAUGAAGAAUCCCACAUGCAGUGGUUUAACCCACAGACAUUUGAGGACAACUCCAUGUUCCAUCUCAUCGGGAUCCUCUGUGGACUUGCCAUCUACAACUUCACCAUCAUCGAUCUACACUUCCCACAAGCUCUGUACAAGAAACUACUAAAACGAGUGCCAACGAUAGACGACAUGAAACAACUGCUGCCUACUGUAGGGAGGAGUUUGCAGCAUUUGUUGGAGCAUGAGGGGAAUGAUGUGGAGGAGAUCUUUGGCCUUACGUUUGAGAUCACACUGGAGGUGUUUGGGGAGGUGAAGACAUUGGAACUAUGUGACAACGGCAGCAAGAAGUGUGUCAAUCAGGACAACAGGAAAGAGUACGUGGAUCUCUACAUCGACUUCCUGUUCAACAAGUCGGUGGAGAGCCAGUUUGAAGCCUUCAGCAGUGGAUUCCUCAAAGUCUGUGGGGGUAAUGUCCUGGAGCUGUUUCACCCUCAAGAACUGCAGGCAAUGGUUGUGGGCAACGAGAAUUAUGAUUUCAUGGAGCUGGAAAAGAACACGGAAUACAAGGGAGAGUACCACCGCUAUCACCCCACUAUCAAGAUCUUCUGGGAGGUGUUUCAUGAGAUGGAGAUGGAGGAUAAGAAGAAGUUCCUAUUAUUCCUGACUGGCAGUGACAGGAUUCCGAUAUUUGGCAUGAAAUAUGUGAAGAUGGUGAUCCAGCCUACAGGGGGAGGGGACGAUUACCUGCCCGCCGCUCACACUUGCUUCAACCUCCUUGACCUGCCCAAAUACACACGGAAAGAUGUCCUCCGAACAAAGCUUCUCACCGCUAUUCAACAAACCGAGGGCUUUGGAUUGGUCUGAUCCACACUUGAGCGGAUGUGCUUGUCAGUUUGUGCCAGCUAUGACUGGUGCCAUUCGGUGUUGUUUGGUUUGUGCUAGCUGAGACUGGUACUUACCUUUGCUUAUUUUGUUAAGGUCAACAAACUCGCAACUGAGGCAGAUGAAAGCUUGAGCUCUCUUCCUUGGUGAAACUGUACCAUUUGUAUUCUGUACGAAGAAGAAUAAAGAGUCUCCAUUAAAUCUUCCAGCCGAUGUAUAUAACAUGACAAAACAUUACAAUGUAUUACACAUUCUAUAUAACAUCAGGUAUUGCAAGAUCACUUUGUGAAUUAUAAUUUACAGUUUGGUGAUAAGACCCCAUUAUCUCAUGUCUCAUGAUUUUAUACCACUAAAAUAAUAUAUUAUUAUACUGGUAGUUAAUCUGUCAUGCCGUGACAGAUUAAUUGUAGUAAUAUGAAAGAAUCGGGUGAUCCUUAACUUGUUCGGAGUAGUAUAUGUGAAAUUAUUAUCGUAAAGUGAUACACUAUGAUCGUUACCCUCACUCCACAUGUGAUCACCAACACAUCUUUUAUUCCUAGCAAUAACCUAUAAGUAAUUCUCGGUGCUCGUCCUGAAGAUGUGGAUGGCUGAGUGAUAUUCAGUAUUCAUCAUGUGCAUCGUCCCAGUGUUACAAGGUUCCAACUGGAUGCUCAUUAAGUCUGUCUCAGAUUUACGUUCACCAUGGACGACGAAAAGAGGUUGCUGAUGAAUCGUAAAGCCGUAUGCUCAAACAAGGAUAUCAAUCACUGACUAGGUGAGGGUCUUCGCUACCCAGAUAGAUGUCCAAACAUUCAUAUCAUUCAUCCGUUGGACUGGCAGUGAGCACACAUGGCUUAUGUCAAACCAUAUUAACUAUGUUCUAUACACAGUGAUGAGGCAAUGACAGACUUGAAAUGGGUGGGCAGCCCUCUGUCUAAAACUUGCUGUCUUAAUCAGACCAAAGUACUGGGUUGUUUUAGAAAAUAUGAAGUACUUUCACUAAAUUAGCUAUUAACCUGAAUCCCCCAGGAAGGAAGUGUAUGUUGGGUAUGAAACUUGUGUCCAACGUGUGGAUUUCUUUGCGGUGUUAGAAACUAAGAAGGUCUAUGAGAUUUGGGGCUGUAGUAUUUGAAUGUUAGGACCCCCUAAAGCUGGAAUAGGACAAAGGAAGGAACCCCUUGACUUUUAUUGUGAAACUGCUGUGUAGCACACAAUAGCACAAAGUAGCAAGAAGCAGUCUCUGCAAGGUAAUUGUAGGUCCUAUUCUGCAGCCAUUGUAACAUCUUAUAUACUACUUACGGUGAGGAAACCUCUAUUUGAUUAACCCCCUGAAUAAGUUACAUGUGCCUCACAUUCAAGAAAACAAAUUAAUGUUCUCUUUUCUUGCAGACUACCAGUAUUUAAAGUAUCCAAAGAAGUAAUGAUUUUAAUAGGCAUUUAGUAGUUGGAAGAGCAGCAUGAAACUUGCCACAAUAAAUAAGUUGAUAUCCAUGAAAGUUUCAUGUUUCCAAAGAAUACAGUUCACUAAUUUUAUUUAAUUUUUCUAUUUAAGAUGAGCACCUGUGUAUGUUGAAUCCUUGACAUUCCUGAUCACAAAACAAAAUACUGCCCACCGAAAAUCAAAUGGUUGCUCCCUAAUUGACAUAUAGUAUUAGUCUUUAUCAUAUCUAUGUUAUUAUAGAGUCCUAUCCUAUCCCCAUGGGCAUUGAAUGGCAGACUAGGUUCCCAGUACCCCACUUAUGUCCUAGACAGUGCUAGGAAGACAGACAAGAGAAGACAACUCUCAUCUGUGACCCUGCUGAUGUGAAUCACCAUGACCUUCUGUCCUCACAAUCAACACAUCUCAUCUUGGCUUCUUUACUUCCAGGCUGCCCUGACUAUAGCUGUACUGGUAUGACUCCCUGGCUUUGUUCCCUCACUCACUGACUCCAGAUGUUACUCCCUCUCUGUAUCUAUGGAUAGUCACCAUCACUGUAGUGCCAAUUUGUUAGUGGUAGGUAGUCCCAGGAUGAACCGUUGCAGUGAAGGUUUAGUGAAAAGAUUGGCUUACUGCUUGUUUCUGUUACUCUAGAUUUCUGUUAAUUAUAUAUAUGUGCAUAUGUGGCAGAAAUCUGUUGAUGUAAUUCGAAGAUACAGUCACUGUUUUACUCAUACAUUACACUGAGUACAACCUAUCUUCUCUUUGUGGGCAACAGACACAUCCUAGUCCCUGCUAGGAGACCUGGGUUGCUGGUUUUGACACCAAAGGAAACACCAGCCGACAUCAAUUUGUCAGUACUUGAUUGGGCUGGGACGAGUCCAAACUUACUACUGGGUACCCGACCCUACCCAGGUACCUGUUGUAGGCCUCAAGAUUAUGGUACAAAAUGGGAUUGGGAAUUUUUACUAGGGACCUGGUAGAAUCUAUUUAGAUUAGGGCUGAGACGAUACACCGACCGCGCGAUCCGAUACGUAUCACAUACCUUGCUCACGAUCCAAUACAUAUCACGAUACUUGUAUGUGCUCGUAUCUGUAGUGCGUAACCCAUAUUUUUCAUAGACAGGAUUUUCAAAUACCUGGCACACUGAUGAUUUAAAGUUGGCAGUGUCAAGUAUGGUGACAUAGAUGAAAAUAUUUACUUUUUCACUACUAAUUAGUGUUUGGUGUAACAUUUAUCAAAGAAUACAUUUAAGGUAAGAAUCGAUACUUUUUACUUUGUGUGCAACUGUGAUCGAUACUUGUAUAGGAAGUGAAAUAUUGCGAUGAACCGAUGCGUCAGUGUAUCGUCCCACCACUAAUUUUUUAUACUUGUAUAAAACGAUCUGAUCAUGCAUACACAGAAGUUGACUGAAGAUUUGUCUUUACAGAAAUUUAUUCAAGUCAGAAGAAAUGAGUGCAAGGUGAAUUCAAAAUGCAAACACUAACGACUUGUAGAGUAAGUUACCAUGGAUCUUUAUUGUUAUUGCUCUGGAACACUAUAUCAUGUGACGAACCACAGUUAGGAUAUUUUGGUUUGUAUUAGGUCCUACUCAGGACCCACCUGACCCGAGUUACCUGUCCCAGCCCUUGUUCUUUGAGAUAAAUUGAUUUUCAUUUAAAGCUAAUUAUUGUAUUUUGUGGAUAUGUACUGUACAUCAGUUGAAUUAGUGCUACAGGUGCCCUCAAGUCAUGAUGUUUAUAGUGUGAGGCAGUAUCUCCAGCAAGAACACUCAUGAACUCCGAGAAUGGCAGAAGUAAAUAGUGCUCCAGCCAUGUACUGCGGAAUGUGUGUGAAAGUUAGCUAGAUGUCCAAAACAUUGUUAGUUUGUAACCAUGGUAACUAGUAUUUUGUUAUUCGUUACUUUUCAGUAAAGUGUUGAAACUUAGAGGAUAUGAGUAAAUAUGAUGUAUAUAUGAUACCAAAAAGCAUUUCAUGUCAGGGAAAAUAUUGUAGUCAUUUUUAUAUUUCAACACAGACACUGAAUGUUCAGAAUAAAGUGGAUAUGAAUGACUUAAUUUGAUUUGUAUGGCUAUUCUUAAAAAUGUUUUCCAGACUUUGUCCUAAAAACAAGAUACUGUCAGUAGUUUGUUCCCAGACUCCUUAUUUAUAUACCUGUAUUCACAUGGGGAUAUUUAAGAUUGCUUUCUUUGUGAGCAUGUUACAUUGACAUUGAAACUGGUAUUACAAUAGGACUGUAUGUGAGCCUGUAAUAUCAACGAAGGUCAACAGUUCGGAAGAGAAACAGAUUGUCCCCCCCAAAAUGUUAAAAUUUAUCAUCAAGAGAUAAAUCUGUUUUCUUGGCUUAAUUUCUUAAAGGCAUAAUAUCAAUGAGUUUCGUGUGGUACAUUUUUCUGUGACACAAGAUGCAUUCAGUUGCUGCAAGUAUAUAUAUUAAUCCCAUAGUCAGACAUGGAGAGUCAAGUUUUUUGUUGAUUGAUCUACCAGAUUUUAUGUUAGCAUUAUUUGAUUGUGUGCAGCUUUAAUAAAAGUUUUCCUUAUUUUGUUAGCAUGAUCGUUCUGUGUAGCUGCAGCUCAGUGACGCCUAGGGCCAGACUGACGUACCUCUUUUAUGUGUCACCAUCUUCUCUUGUAUGUUUGGAAAAAGCAAGGACUAAACUCAAAAUCAAAAGAAAAAAUUCAAAAUGGGACAAUGAGGUCCACAGGAGAAUAAUAAACCAUUCAUUUAGUUUUCUGACUUGAUGCAUUGUUUUGUAAAUUGGCUUCAGAACUCUUUUCUGAAAAGUAUAUUGGCUUGGCCUUGAUAACAAAAUUCCCUGGAAGAUAAUUGUUUUAUGAGGAUUAUGGUGGGUCUCUGUGGCAGAUCAUCUUUUUCACACUUGUAUUGUAAUGACGUCAUGAUGAUCGGAUACUGCCCAUUCUUGUGAUCCUCGUUGUUUUGGUGUUACCUCCUUUUCUUGACUGUUUUUACCCCCAUUGUGGUAUCAGUUAUAUUUGUCUCACUAGGGUUGUGAUAAUGUUCAAAUCUUACCUCUUCAUUUGUGUUUUACAUAACUGCAGCUUUAUUUACAGUAGUGUUGGUAGACUUAUCAUGGAAUUUAUGUAAUUUGUUCAUUUUCACAGCACUGAAUGAGGGUGCAUGUAUUAGAAAAUGAAGGCAUAAUUUGUUGUAUUUAUGGAACGGCCAUAUUCAUGUAUAAUGAUCUGCCAUGGAUCUGCCACAAAGUCUUUCCAUGGUUCAAUCCUCACAUGCUACAAUGUAUUCACAGACUUCUACAUUUCACUGUUCCGAGGACGCCCUCAUCUCGUUGAGCUAUUUCCCAGAGUAACAGAUUUAUGUUAAUCAACUUCAAAACCACAUGUAUAUGCUUGUCACAAUAUCCAACAAUUUGGGACAAUUUGGCCAAAAUGGCAGAGCACUGAUUGAACUGAAUCUUGCUUGAUGUGUCACCAUACACUGGCAGUUGUGACCUGGUCGUUUGGUUGUCACCAUACACUGGCAGUUGUGACCUGGUCGUGUGGUUGUCACCAUACACUGGCAGUUGUGACCUGGUCGUUUGGUUGUCACCAUACACUGGCAGUUGUGACCUGGUCGUUUGGUUGUCACCAUACACUGGCAGUUGUGACCUGGUUGUUUGGUUGUCACCAUACACUGGCAGUUGUGACCUGGUCGUUUGGUUGUCACCAUACACUGGUAGUUGUGACCUGGUCAUGUGGUUGUCACCAUACACUGGCAGUUGUGACCUGGUCAUUUGGUUGUCACCAUACACUGGCAGUUGUGACCUGGUCGUUUGGUUGUGUCACCAUACCCUUGCAGUCGUGACCUGGUCGUUUGGUUGUGUCACUGUACCCUUGCAGUCGUGACCUGGUCGUUUGGUUGUCACCAUACACUGGCAGUUGUGACCUGGUCGUUUGGUUGUCACCAUACACUGGCAGUUGUGACCUGGUCGUGUGGUUGUCACCAUACACUGGCAGUUGUGACCUGGUCGUUUGGUUGUCACCAUACCCUUGCAGUCGUGACCUGGUCGUUUGGUUGUGUCACCAUACCCUUGCAGUUGUGACCUGAUCGUUUGGUUGUGUCACCAUACCCUUGCAGUGGUGACCUGGUCGUUUGGUUGUGUCACCAUACCCUGGCAGUUGUGACCUGGUCGUUUGGUUGUGUCACCAUACCCUUGCAGUCGUGACCUGGUCGUUUGGUUGUGUCACUGUAACCUGGCAGUAGUGACCUGGUCGUUUGGUUGUGUCACUGGACCCUGGCAGUCGUGACCUGGUCAUUUGAUUGUGUCACCAUACUCUGGCAGUUGUGACCUGGUCGUUUGGUUGUGUCACUGUACCCUGGCAGUCGUGACCUGGUCGUUUGGUUGUGUCACUGUACCCUGGCAGUAGUGACCUGGUAGUUUGGUUGUGUCACCAUACACUGGCAGUAGUGACCUGGUCGUUUGGUUGUGUCACUGUACCCUGGCAGUUGUGACCUGGUCAUUUGGUUGUGUCACCAUACACUGGCAGUAGUGACCUGGUCGUUUGGUUGUGUCACUGUACCCUGGCAGUAGUGACCUGGUCGUUUGGUUGUGUCACCAUACACUGGCAGUAGUGACCUGGUCGUUUGGUUGUGUCACUGUACCCUGGCAGUUGUGACCUGGUCAUUUGGUUGUGUCACCAUACACUGGCAGUAGUGACCUGGUCGUUUGGUUGUGUCACUGUACCCUGGCAGUUGUGACCUUGUUGUUUCGUUGUCAUCUUUCCGAACUUCUUGGGCAGGUUCCAAACAAACAGGGAUCUUUUGGCUACUCUGUGUAUCAUAACUCCUUGUACUGGUCACUGAACAACUCUCCUCGAUGACCUGUCCUAGUAUUGACAUCUAGGAAGUCUCAUAGUGUUAACAACAGAUUUCCCCGAUCCAAGGCCAGUUUGACUACAGCAAAAGCAGCCCAAUCAGGCACUCUUUUAAGUCACCUUCCAAAACAUGGACAUACUUGAACGACUAUCAAGCACAAUUCUCAUUAAAUGUUGCAUUGAUAUGUACGCUAUUAAUUGUAUUGUUGAUCUCCACAAAGACUACAUCACUUGCAGUCACUCUUUGGACUGUUUAUGGCAGGCUGAUAAGUUUGUAUAUUAUGUACAGUGACAAUGUUAUGAUUAUGUAUUAAAUGACCAUCAUGCUUUGUAUUAUGUACAGGUCACCUUCACAAACGGUGUAUUAAAAUAUUGAGAUGCUUA